AUGUAUAGCAAUUCUCUCUCAAUCAUAUCUCAGUAUGGGUGGCCUACCGACGUAGCUACUGAGGAGAAACGACUUCUUCAGCAUCUCUGUUAUGUCCGAAGUGAUCUUGACAAUAUAAUAGAUCUCGACAUAAUCACAGGCGCGACUCAAUGGAACAGAUUUAUGUCAAUGGCUGGUCAGUACGACCAUCUUCGGUCCUGUCUGUGUAGUAUCGCCGCAGGUCACCUGAAAACUCUCUACAAAUCCACCACAGAACACGAAGUUGAGUGCAGAUAUAGAACAAAGGCCAUACGAGAGAUGGCCACGCAGCUCAAUGCUGUACUUGCCUCCCCACACCAAGAGCAUCAAGGGUCUUCAGAGGCCCUACUUGCAUCAACAAUCCUCAUGGCCUGGUACAGCAAUACUAGGUAUUUCGUUUGCUAG